CAGACAGAAUGUUCCUGUAGACUUCUGAAGUCAAUCUGCUGCUUCCAUCAUGAGUUCAUGAUCAAUAAAGAUUAGUGAGAAUGUUCCAGAAGCAGCCAUGCAAGCCCAAGCCAUGGCACUACCUCUACCAUGUUUCACAGAUGAGCUUGUAUGUUCUGGAUCACGAGCAGAUCCUUUCUUUCUCCACACUUUGGCCUUUCCAUCACUUUGGUAGAGGUUCAUCUUGUUUCCAGAACUUUUGUGGAUCAUCUCUGUAUUUCUUUGUGAAUUCCAGUCUGGGUUUCUGAUUCUUACUGCUGAUGAGUGGUCUGCAUCUUGUGGUAUGGCCUCUAUUUCUGCUCUCAAGUCUUCUUCAAAUAGUGGAUUGUGAUAUCUUCACCCCUGCCCUUUGAAGGUUACUGGUGAUGUCACUAACUGUUGUUUUUGAGUUUUUCUUCACAGCUCUCACAACGUUUCUGUCAUCAGCUGCUGUUUUCCUUGGUUGACCCGUUCCAUGUCUGGUUUUUAGUACAUGUGAUGAACUUUAAGUCGUGGAGAAGGAAGGCGGAGGCAGGCUUGAGUCAACUCGACUGUUUAUUGUGCUCCUUUUUUCUUUUCCUGCUUUUCAGCGUUCUUUUUCUUUCCUUGUUAACACAUGCAUGCACACACAAACACACACAUCAUGCUGGUGGAUCUCUCUCUCUCUCUCUCUCUCUCUCUCUCUCUCUCUCUCUCUCUCUCUCAAGGCAUGUGUGUCUCUCCCUCUUAUCCUUGCCUCGUUUCACUGCUACAGAGAACAUUCCUUACCACUCACUUUCUCUGGCUCCACCCCCCAUUCCCAAACCAUCGCUCGUCCACGCCCCACCUCCAAAUUACACUAGUAGUUUAUUUCUUUUUCAGGACAUUUCUAAUUGUUGUAUUGGCUAUACCCAAUGCUCGUGGAAUGGCUCUGAUAGAUUUUCCCUCUUUUCUCAGCUUCAAAAUGGUGUGUUUUUCUCACAUGGAACCUGUGACUGAUCUCUGAUCUUCAUGUUGGUUUAUCCUUUUUAACAAGAAAUGCGUUCUUCACAGGUAAAACCCAGGGAUCUAAUCAAGAGUAGACAUUCAGAGCUAUUAAUUAUUUAAAUAAUCAAUUUAACAAGACACACCUGGGCAACAAGAAACACCUAUCAGUCACAGGUUCCAAUAUAUUUGAUCACAUAUAACAAAUGGGUGGGUUCAAGCAAAAGGUGCCAUGUUAUAAGUUGUUUAACACAUCUAGAUGUAAAUAUCAGAAAAAAUUAAAGCUGAAAUUCUGUCGUCUCUUAUAAAUCUUUUGCUCUUAAACCCAAAUUUCUUAACAAUAGAAUUGGCCAUGCUGUUCCAAUACUUUCAGUAGGGACUGUAUGUUCUUACAUAUUUAUUUUGCUUCUUGAGCUUUGUUAAUUGCAGAGAUGUUGCUUCAUUCACAAUAAUGUUUUUUAAACAUUUUGUAUUUUUUAAUUAUAAGUGGUUGUUCAGCUGGAGUGAAAAGCGUCUUUUAUUCAUUUCCACGCCCAUGGUGAAUCCUUUUAUCUGUGCUCCACUGAAGAUGGGUUUUUAAAGGUAAUCGUGACCUGAUUGAGCUUGUUUACCAAAAUAUUAAUCAUCUCUUCUGGAAUUGAUAACUCUGGAUAUGACAUGCUGAGGUAAAUCAACUUACAGUUCAAUGUUAAAAUUUAACGUUUGGUCAGACAGUUUUCUGGAAAACCUCCUGGUGCACUACAUUAACUACAGCUUUUUCCAGGAUAAAAUGUAUUCGGGGCUGUGCUCCUCUGUAGCCCCCAGUGAUAUACCCUUCUAACACCACUGGUCAUAUGCAUACUCUACGUGAUCGUACAAUAAGUGUGAAUCACAGGUAAAACUCAUACUAGAUUUAUAAAUAUGCUAGUUAGUUGUUUAGUACUAAAUUUAUGAAUUUUUGUGAGGCUUUGAUGCUAAUUCGUACAGUAUAAACUGUUCAUAUGGAAUCUGUAAAUGGAAUGUAUUCAUUCACAUUGCUGAACAUGUUUGCAUGUAAAGAGAGCCUCUGUGUGCCAGUGUCCCACAAAGAUUUACUGUUAUUCUUGCACAAUUUUUCCUUCAGUCUUUUUUUCAUACAAUAACUUUGGACACCAGUGCUAAUGUCUUUACACCUGCUUAUAUUUCUCUGUUCACAUGACUGUUCUGUCCCAACUGUUCCACAAGAGUAAGCAAAAUGAUUCACUUGUUCAUUCAUUUUUUUUCUAGUUAAGUAAAGUGAUGAACUGAUUAAUGUACCAAAGAGGCUGGGUCUCUGUCUGAGAAUUAAAAUAGGACUAGUGAUCAGCCGCUUACUGGACACUUGACAAAACAGGAUGUAGGGGCUGGCAGCUAAACAGGAACUCAAGACACAGAAGGAACAGAGAGGUUUCAAAUAAAGCAAUUUAAAAAGCAGCACUAGCUUGUAGGCCUCUGUAGCAUCUCAGCAAGGAAUGGCCCAUCUCCUGGAUCUUUUUACACUACAGCUGCUGUUUGGUUUCUUUACACCGUGUCUCCUUGAGAUCGCUUCAACUGAUCAUUUAUCUGUCCAUCCUGGAGAGAACAUCACCCUGCUCUGUAACAUCACUAAUUAUUCUGAGAUAUCGUGGUAUCGACUGAGAUCUGAGGAGGUGAAUCUGCUGAUAUCUGCUGAAAAAUUCAAACUAGAGAAAACCUUUUCCCUCCGUUAUAAUGUGAACGAGAGUCACUUUGAUAUGACAGAAAGCAGCAGUUCAGUCAGUUUAGUGAUUAUUGGAGUUAGAGAGACAGAUCUGGGAUUUUAUUUCUGUGGACGUCGAAACAGAACGACACACAUUCAGUUUGGGAAACCCAUCAGACUGGACUUUACAGUUACCCAGCAGUCUACAGGAGCAGCGCUCCGGAUUAUAAUGUCUGUGUGUCUGGUCUCCAUCCUAAUAAUCAUCUGCAUGUGUGUGUUCUGCUGCAAAAUCAAAGGAAAGUCAGUAUUGUCAGGCAACAGCUGCAGUAACACCACAGACUCCACUGAAAAGGAAGAAAAUAUUCAUUAUGCCAGCAUCCAGUACAAAAGAAGGUCCAGAGCAGCUGCUAAGAAAAACACAGCAUCAGAUUCGGACAGUGUGACCUACGCAACAGUCGCCUCACAGCCUCGGAGACACUGACCUCUCUGACACUGGCUCUCGUCUUUAUUUGUUUUAAAUAGGUUAUUUAGUUGACAAUGCAUUAUUUAAAAUGAACUGUUUUGGACUAAAUAUUUGGAAUUAAUGAAUAAACAUUAUAAGAAUCAUCUGUAUCUUAAAAUCUGUGUGUAUAUAAGGCCUAAAUAAACCCGACCUCAUUCACUGAUUAAAAAAGAGUGACCCAGAGCUUCUGGGAUUCUGAUGGAGAUAAAAACAUGUUGUAACUGGUUACUGAUGUCUCUGUCUAUGUUGAUAGCAGAUAAAUAGCUCCAGUUACAAACUCAUGGAAUGCUCCAAAGUUAAUUAAUGAUUGAUGUAAUGCCCAUCUUGAGCACUUGAUGUUAAUGUAUAUGUAAAAAUGCACAAAUAAACUGAAAUGACUAAAAUAUGAAUCUCUAGUCCAUCAUUAUU